AUGUCGGCACCAGCAGCUCCGCCACCGCCGACGAUGUCGGCAUCCAAUCCCAUCUCCCCACGCUCCAGCAACCCUCUCCCCUCCACAACCUCCGCCACAACUCCUCUCGAGCUGCCCGGCGUGACCUCCGCCGCGGCCGCACGGAACCCUAGGAUCCACCACACCAGCGGUGUACUCCACCUCCACCGCUCCUCCCCCACCUUCCCCGCUUCAUGCUAUGCCUCCGCUGUCGCCGCCACCGCCACCCUCUUCCUCCUCCUCCGGGCCCGCCGCCCCACCGAUCCCCUGCAUCUCUCUACUCCGGGUAACGAUCCCGCCUUGAUUUCUCACCAAUUUGCUCUUUUCCGCGUGCCGCGCCUCCUGGUGCUCGCCGUUCCAACCCGGGUCACGCCGGACGACUUCGUCCGUUUCUGCGGCCCCUACGUCGAGCACGCCUCUGAGAUCCGUGUCAUCAGCGAUGAUGGGGUGGAGGACCGGUAUGUGCUUGUUGAGUUUGAGGAUCAGAAGAGUGCCGAUGUAUUCUACCUGGACCUCAAUGGCUGGAGGUUCUCGUCCUCAGAGGUUGUAGAGGUGUGCCAUGAUCUGUUUAUAGUUGCUGUGCAACACACAUCAUCCACUGAGCUUCUUACAACCUCUGAGGCAUAG